UUUCUCACUCAUUCAAAAUUCAGGAUCUAUAAAUAUGCAAAUAUUGUUCAUCUCAGAAGUUUAACUGCUGAAAACAACACGUCUCCUACUUAAAUGUAAAGUCCACGUUCAGUAUUUGUGGACUGGAGGCGUCAAGUUUCCACAUCACACUGGUGUGAGUUGAAUACUGGACCAGGAUCAGCUUCCAAACUAUUUGUGAUGUCACAAAUCAUGUUCAUCCAUCCAUUUUCCAUCACUUAUCUGGGAGCGGGUCGCCAUGGCAGCAGGCUGAGUAAGGAAACCCAGACAUCCUUCUCCCCAGCAACGCCCUCCAGCUCCUCCUGGGGGAUCCCAAGGUGUUCCCAGGCCAGGAGAGAUAUGUAGACCCUCCAGCACAUUCUGGGUCUGCCCCGGGGUCUCCUACCAGUUGGAUGUGCCCAGAACUCCAGAGGGAGGCGUCCAGGAGGCAUCAUGACCAGGUGCCCGAACCACCUCAGCUGGCUCCUUUUGAUGUGAGAACCCCUCCACCUUAUCAUGGUGGAGGGGUUCUAGUGUCCCCGUGACCCUGGGAGCUGUGUUGUCGGGGGCAGCAGUAGCCUCUGGUCUGGUCUCCUAAGGCAAACUGGUCCCAGGUGAGGGUCCAGACCAAGAACGAUUCAUAGAUCUCAAUGAAGCAGCAUUUUAGGCAUGUGGGAAUCUUGGCUGGAAGAGGGAGACUGGGGCACCCUCCUGGAGCCAGACCUGGGAGGGGAACCUGCUGGCGAGCGUCUGGGCCACAGGGCCCGGUCAGGCACAGCCCAAAGAAAUAACAUGCUUGUAGGCCGGCCCCUUAAAACUGGAUUUUCAAUUAGUACAGAGAAAUGUUCCAGUUUCAGCAGAUGAAUGUGAAAACUCUGCACAUAUACAUGUCAUUCUGCACAGUGAAGCUCAAACAUUAAACUGAUGGAACAAGAAAAAAAAAACAACAGAUUUUUGAGUGGAGGGGGACUUUAGCUAAGAGUGAGGGUCUUAUUCAAGCAACAUAAACAAGUCCAAUAAAGAAAAACCUUCAUCAGAUUAAUAAAUCCAUCAGUUUAACCUUUACAUAUUUACAUCUAUGAAUAGUUUCAGGCUACUUCUGCAUGAAUGGGUAUGUCCAGGACUGUUGUUUUUUUUAACAAGCCGAGUGAUUCAUCUUCACUAUAGAAGAUCUUUGGUACAGUACAAUGACACUACCGGCGGCUUUCCUGAAUCAACAAGCGAUGUUUUGCUGACUUUUUCCAGCCGUCAAUCUGCUCCCCUGACGUCCAUAAAUGAGUUUAAGAGAUUUAUUCAUCCGCCUAAAGAUAACAAUGGAUUCAGAGUGUCUACUUUAAAGGAUAUACAUCGUUUUAUCAGGUUUUUAGCGAGCUGAAGACCGCGGACAUAAAAACUUUGCAAUGCGUCCAAUAUUUGUACAGUGUCAAGUUAGCUAACGUGGCUAACCACCUAGCUUAACCGGUAAACUUGUCAACAUCGUAAACCGGUGAUGGAGAAUAAUGGCGGACCCUCCUCCGAGGCUCAGAUUGAAGUUUCCGCUGAUGUAUCGAGAAGAUCAAACUCAGAGCUGAAGAAGCUGCGUGUGUUUCAGGUUUAUAAGAGGAGGUGGUUUGUCCUGCUGGUGCUGUGUCUGUUAAACUGCUCCAACGCAACGAUAUGGCUGACCUUUGCACCAGUAGCAGACCAGUCUGCCGAGUACCUGAAUGUCAGUCUGGAGGAUAUCAACUGGUUAUCACUGGUCUAUAUGGUGGUGGCCAUACCGCUCAGCUUCGGGACCACCUGGAUGCUGGACACCUUCGGGCUUCGGAUCACGCUGAUUCUGGGGUCCUGGUUGAACAUGUUCGGAGCCCUGCUGCGCUACUUGGGGACCCUGCCGGGUGAAAGUUUUACAGUCCGAUACAUAGUAGUGAUGUCGGGUCAGACCCUCGGUGCCCUGGCUCAGCCCCUCAUCAUCUUCACCCCCACCAAGCUGGCAGCUCUCUGGUUCCCCGACCACCAGCGCGCCACGGCUAACACCAUCGCCUCCAUGUCCAAUCCCCUGGGCGUCCUCCUCGCUAACAUCAUGUCACCCGUGAUGGCUGAAACAUCUGCACGCAUCCCCACCUUGCUGCUUGCCUAUGCAAUCCCCGCAUGCAUCAUCUGUUUCCUAGCAACAGUCGGGAUACGGAGCAGCGCCCCCCCGACGCCGCCGUCAGCCAGCGCUGAGCUCUCCACCUCCGAGCCCUUCGUACAGGGGAUCAAACUGUUACUGAAGAACAAAGCCUACCUCGUGCUGCUGCUGUGCUUCGGCUCCGGCAUCGCUGUCUUCACCUGCUUCUCCACACUGCUGGAGCAGAUCCUGUGUGUGCAGGGAUACACCAACGACUUUGCCGGCUUGUGCGGCGCUCUCUUCAUCGUGUUUGGCGUCGUGGGCGCCGGCGUGCUGGGUCUCUACGUGGACAAAACCAAGAAGUUCACCGAAGCCACGAAGAUCAACAUGAGCCUCACCGCUCUGGCGUGCAUCGCCUUCUCAGUGGUGUCUCAGAUGCGAGAGCAGAAAGCCGCCGUGGCCGCCGUCUGCUCUCUCUUUGGCUUUUUCGGUUUCUCCAUUUACCCGGUUGCCAUGGAGCUGUCCGUCGAGUGUUCGUACCCAGUCGGAGAAGCAACAUCAGCCGGACUCAUCUUCAUAUCAGGACAGAUCCAGUCUGUUCUCUACAUAAUCCUCCUUCAGGCUUUGACCAAUCGGAUCGCUGACUCUCCGCUGUCAACGUGCGGCGAUGCGGUCCUGAGCUGGAGGGUGCCCAUGCUGGUGAUGGCAGGACUCUGCAGCCUUUUCACCUGCUGCUUCGUUAUUUUCUUCCACACGCGGUACAGACGACUGGAGGCUGAAGAAGCCGCCACCUACGGGACCAAACAAAGCAACGUCUCCACCGCCGCUGAGCACGCUCCGGCGGUGGAGACGUGAACCUGCUCACGGGUCGCUCACACCAUGACACGGACUACAGUCUGUUUUAUUUGGUACGAAACAGGGUUGAAAAGCAGUUUGUUUUAGUUUAUGUAACCUCUGAUUUAUGGGUAAAAUAGUUUUUUUUUUAAAGCAAGACAUUCCUGUGUGUAUUAAUUCUUUUGUAUGACGUCGGGGCCAAAACCAGAAACUACCUUCAUACUGUAGCUACUAACAAGUAACAUGUAACCCUUAGAAGCUCAUCCACUGUUUAUCUGCAGAAAUACACUCAGCAGAUUAUUCUCAUUGUUCAUUCAAUAAAUGCAUCACAGACACACUAUUUCCAGUAACUAGUUAGCAGGGAAAGUGGACAUAAAAAUGUAACUUUCCUGCAUUAAUUAUGUGGCUGUAAUUGAUAUUUUUUUAUAAAAAAAAUAAUGCAUCAAAUAACUGUGUGUAGUGUCAGAGGUGUUGCUCAUAGAGAAUUAUCAGUGACUCUGCAGCUCCUCUCAGCUUUACGGAGCUUUAUAACGAGUUUCAUCUCAUUGUUUAUCUGUCUGGCUGCAACUUUACUGUUUUGGUUGACUCUCACGGCUCUCAUAGUGUUGUUAUCGGCAGCAGCAGGUAGCCACUUACAUAAAAAAAAGCUCUAAAAAGCCACUGUACACGACCUGCUCAGCACCAAACAGGAAACAGACACAGUUAGCUGUAGACUAGCUGGUGAACAUAGCGGAGCAUUCAGCAGCUAAAGAGCCAGAUGUUUCCCUCAGUGUUUUGUCUAAAUUCUCAGGAUUUCCUCCAUCAGUCACCAAAGCAAAGACCUGAACUGUUGCCCGACUCACAACACAGCAGGACAAACUGUGUUACCUUCUUUAACUGUGGAGACGCUUGUUGUUUCUUUAGCAUACUGACGACAAAACCUGAAGUUUCUGAUCACACAAACAUUUUUCUGCUGUCAGACUCCGACGGAGCUGCUUGAAACAUCUGGAUGUGAUGUCACAUCAUCAUGGGCACAUAUGUAUAGAAAUAAGAAACAUACACUGAUGAACGUUUGAUCAAACUGCAAUAAAACCACUUUGAACGGUGCUGCUGACUAACACAGUUUUAAAAUGUUAUCAUUUUAGACAUUAAAGCAGAUUUUUUCUGCUUGUUUCAGACCAAACAUGUCGAUGAGCAGAUAAACCAAACAGAAUAACACUGUUGUAAUCUCAUCAUGUUGAUUUAUGUGUGUUUGUACUGUGGAAGAAAAAAAACCAAAUAACACCACCCAAGAUGUUCAAAUACUAACAGACGCUCUGAAACAGGUUGGAAGCAUUAAAGACAAAGACGUUUGUGCAAUAAAGAUGGUCAGUACUGAUUCUGUUGAAUAUUAAAAUGAACUGUGGUGUCAUUGAUGCACAUAUAGAUAUUGUAUAUAUGGUAAUGUAUGAGUGACAUGUCUGUAUGCCUUUUUUUUUAAGAUUGUAAAAAGUGUCCUUAUUAAAGCUGACAAAUCUUUCUUUUGGGAGUUAAUGUGUUCAUAAUACUGUAAAUAACUAACAUGAUUAAAAUGACAUGAUGAGUUA